AGUUUGAAAAACUAUACAACAAUAUUUUCAAAUAAAAGAUAAUAUUCCACAUCCAUUAAAAUCUAAUUUAGUUUAUUAUGUAGUUGCAAAAGACGGUAAUGAUGAUUACACAGAUUUAUUUUUGUUUUAUUUUGGCAAUUAAUUCAAGAGAUGUUACAUUAAAACUUUCAACAAAAACGCUAACAUGAAAACGAGUACAAAACCAUAUUGUCGGGAAAGCAAAAACACUGCUUAGCACCUGUACGACUUUUGCCACUUUUGUACUACCACAAUCAUAUUUGCAGGUGUUGGCGCAAACGAAUAGGUAAAACAAUACAACAGAUUAGCAGACGUUUCAAUGAACAUGGAAUAAAAUUUCAAAUCGAGCAGCAACCACAAAAUAAUUCAACUUUACAACAACAAACAAAUAAUAAUAUAACACCAUUACCGCAAAAUUCUAAUACUAAUAAUCAUCAUCUUAUUCCAAAUCAACAUUCACGUCAUAAACUUCUCGAAAUAAUUAAUAAUCCACAAUUAGAAUAUGCAUGUCUAAACGAUCUUGGUGAAAUACAGCGAUCAUUAGAGCAAUCUCAACCAUCAAUUACAUGA